AUGAAUGUCGUGUACAAUGCCGCCCUGCGGCAGAGCAAGGCCAUCAACAACGACCUUGCGACGUUGCAGUCCAAGGGCGAAGCGUCCGCUGCAGAGAUCGGCAACGUGUCCGUGACACUGGCCACAUUCACCAAAGCCAUCGACGAAUACAACAGCCUAGCACGCCAGGAAAUCGUCCCCAAGAAGCAAGAGGAGGCGUUUGAGCGCGUCAAGCGGUUCCGCGACGACCUCGCGGGCUUCCGCAGCCAGGUCGACAACCUCAAAAAGGCCCGCGAGGAGGCGCAGUACCAGCACAACCGCAACGAGCUCCUCGGCCGCCGACCCUACAAUGCCAACUCGACACCCGAGAACCCCUACGCCAACACCAACACGACAAACACCUCGUCGACAUUUCAACCCCGACACACCUCCGGCGGCGGCAGCGGCGCGUCACAGCUGACGACGGGCUCGCAGGACGAGAUGCGCGAGGCGCACGCGUUUCGGGAGCAAAACUUCUUCUCCAACACGAACCAGGCGCUCGACGACUACAUUGCGCGCGGGCAGGCGGUGCUGGGCGACCUGGGCCAGCAGCGCGAGAUGCUCAAGAACACGCAGAAGCGGCUGUACAGUGUCGCCAACACGCUGGGCAUCAGCGGCGAGACGAUUCGCAUGGUGGAGCGGCGCGCGCGCGAGGACAAGUGGAUCUUUGCGGCCGGCGUCCUCGUCUUCUUUGGCUUUUGCUGGCUGGUCAUGCACUACCUGCGAUAG